AGCGCCACGUCCUAAGCCAUGGGAGGUAUCGUCUGGACAGUCGUCAGCAGGUGAGUAUGGCUUCUUUGUGUGCUUUGUGAUCGGAGACUUGAAGGACAUAUUCGGCUCUGUCUCUUUUGUACGAUUCCAUCAUGAGGUGAACUAACAAUGGGGAGGAAUAGCUGCGUCGGGCCAAGCAGAAGCUGUACCACAUGUUUUAUCGCCUGAACCACCGCAGAGCGCUAUCGGAAGUGGGUCGUCGUCAUUGUCACAACCAACGGUCCCUGAGAGACCCACGUCGUUGCAGUCUGGAGUAUCUUCGUCAACGCCGUACUCCUAUGAUUCGAUGGGUGGGUAUGGAUCAACGUUUGGAUCGAGCUAUGGAUCCGGAUUAGGAGGAUAUGGUGGGUAUGGAGGAUAUAGUCGACUGGGAGGUUAUGGAUCUAUGUAUGGGAGUGGACUUGGAGGUUAUGGGAUGGGAGGAUACGGAAUGGGAGGAUAUGGAAUGGGAGGCUAUGGUAUGAAUGGAAUGUAUGGCCCACAGAACGGUGAAGGCGGUGGAUUCGCAGAGAGCACACAGGCAACGUUUCAGCUGAUAGAGAGCGUCAUUGGUGCAUUUGCAGGAUUUGCACAGAUGCUGGAGGCAACGUAUAUGGCCACUCAUAGCUCUUUCUUCACCAUGGUUUCAGUUGCUGAGCAGUUUGGGAACCUGAAGAACGCUCUUGGCUCCUUUCUCGGUAUCUAUGCACUUAUAAAGUACUGUAAAAGGCUAUUGGCAAAGAUCACCGGGGGUAGGCUAAUAAAGGAUACAUCAAAGGUUAUCGAUGCGAAGGAGUUUGCCAAAUUCGAAGCCAAGCAAGAGGCCACAAGAAACUCGACGGCAAAGAGGAUAUCGUUAAAGCCUCUACUAAUAUUCCUUGCAAUGGCUAUUGGAACGCCGUAUCUUUUGAAUAAGCUUGUGCUACACCUGGCAAAGAAGAGAAAUCUGCCUCUUCCAGGACAGUUUCCUGGUCAACAACAGCAACAAGAACCUAUAGAUGUUUCAUCCAUUGAUUUUGGAAGGGCCCUCUACGACUUUGUCCCGGAGAAUCCCCAGGUGGAACUACCACUCAAGACUGGCGAUUUAGUCGCCAUACUGUCAAAGCUGGAUCCCUCUGGUAGAGAAUCGCAAUGGUGGAGAGUACGGUCUAGAAGUGGCCAAACAGGCUAUAUCCCAGGAAACUAUGUUGAGAUAAUAGUAAAGAAGCCCAAGACUGAGGCGAUAGAACAAGCACCAACAGCAUGAAACGUUUAAGUAAAGACCAUAUCUAUUAUCUGACUAAUAUAGUAAUAUCAAUAGUAACGAUAUAUGGACAUGCACAUGUCUCAUCUAAUCAAUAACCACAGGGUCGUCUUCGGUACCUCCUAUAAGGUCUUC